AUGACUGAACCUGGGCUGAGAAUCCUGGGGGCAGCCUCAAGUGCAGAGGAUUUCUGGGGUCGUUCCCUUGAUCGUACCCAUGCCUUUGAUGAUCAACGUCGUCGUUGUCGUGAUCCUGCUGAUGCCCACGAGUCUCCCCGCGAGUCUGGUCGGGAGUUAAGUCGUGAUCCUGGCUCUGGUCAUUAUCGCGACUAUGACAGAGGACGCAAUCAUCGUGACUCUGACAUGAAGCGAAGAGAUGAUGAUCGAGCCCGCUACCGUGAACGGGACUAUUAUCCCAACAACCAUCGUGAAGAGUACGAUUCUUACCGUGGCGGGGGUGCAAAUCGCAAUGACAGACGUCGUUGUUAUAUUUGCAACACACCGGGCCACAUUGCGAUUCGCCACAAUGCCUGGGCCUUAACGCAUCAGAGACACGUCGCCGGCAGCAUCGGCAUCACCGAACCGGUGCAUCUCUCGAUCAACUCCCGUGCCCAGCUGAGUAUCCUACCCCAACGAAUUCCUCGCCAACAGGAAUUGAUGCCACCGGUCAAUCUUUCGGCCAUGGCGACGGCAUGGCAGCAAUAUCUGGUUCCGGGUAUGGUCGAGGUGGGUAAUGCUCUGGCUGCACUGCAAUCAGCUGCCGUGGCUAUGGGAGCCGCGGCUCCACAUGCUGAGAUCGCGGCAAUUGUUGCUUCUUGGGACCAGUACAUCACACCCGGAAGGGUUCGCAUGGAGCGUUCCCUGGCUGCCAUGGGCUCCAGUCCUGUGGAAGGUUAUCACCAAGAAGGCCGUGUCAGCUCAUCCACCACAACUUAUCGGGACCACAGCCAGCACGAACCAAAGUACUUUGCCAACGAGACUCUGGUCACAAUGACUGAUGCUGUGAAUGUUGAACCCACCAAUGUUGACAACGGUUAUGAUUUCGAUAUCUACUGA